UGUACUGUGUUGUGUCCCCUUGUCCCUGAUCUCAUUCCUCAUCGCUUUUCAUUACCUUCCCACCCCAACGCCAAGAGCUUCUCAUUCCCAUAUCAGACAACACAUUUUGCCCUCUUUACUCUCUCUUCAUCUUCACUUCCCUCUCUAUUUCGAACGUCCUGUGCCUCCUCGUGCUUCUGGGUUCUUCCACAGAUCCUGCAAUUGCCUUGCCCGUUGGUGUUUUUGGCUCUUCCUGUACCAUGGAUGGUAUUCAUGGGGGUGACUCUCGGAUACACAUUAGUGAUGGACAACAUCCUCUACCUCUGUCAUACGUGCGAGAACAUGAGCAUCACGGAUUGCACCAUAUGAGCAAUGGGAAUGGGAUUGACGAUGAUCAGAAUAAUGGAGGUGAUACUAACUGUGGUGGAAGUGAGAGUGUGGAAGGUGAAGUCCCAUCCAACAAUGGAAAUCUCCCUGACAAUCACGCUGUAAUAAUGGAUCAAGGGAGUGAUGGUGGGGAUCAGCUUACAUUGUCUUUUCAGGGCCAGGUUUAUGUCUUUGACUCUGUUUCGCCAGAAAAGGUUCAAGCUGUACUACUAUUACUGGGAGGCCGUGAAAUACCUCCAACUAUGCCUACCAUCCCAAUAUCUCCUCACCAGAAUAACCGGGGAUUUACUGGAACACCACAAAAAUUCAGCGUCCCCCAGAGGUUAGCUUCAUUGAUUAGAUUUCGUGAGAAGCGGAAGGAACGGAAUUUUGACAAAAAAAUUCGUUAUACUGUUCGUAAAGAAGUAGCAUUAAGGAUGCAAAGAAAUAAAGGUCAGUUUACAUCUUCCAAGUCCAAUCUUGAUGAAUCUGCAUCAGCUGCAACAAAUUGGGGGACGAAUGAAGGGUGGGUUUCAGACAAUAAUGGAUCCCAACAGCAAGAUGUUGUUUGUAGGCACUGUGGCACCAGUGAGAAGUGCACACCAAUGAUGCGACGUGGACCGGAAGGGCCAAGAACCCUCUGCAAUGCUUGUGGACUUAUGUGGGCAAAUAAGGGUACUCUGAGGGACCUAUCAAAGGCAGCACCUUUGCCAGGACAUAAUUCGACAUUAAACAAGAAUGAGAAUAAAAAUUUAGAGGCCAACCAAAUAGUGCUCAGAGUGGCAGGAGAUGCUGAUGAUUCAUCAUGAUAGACUUGUUCUAUCUUUGUCCGAAUGGAGAGCAAUUCUAUGAAAUAAGGGUGAGAGAAGAGUUACUGACCCUAGAUGUGAAAUUAUAGAAGAGCUGGUUUCCACUGCGUUUUUUUGCUGAAAAUGUUUAAAUGAGCUUUCUGUAAUGUAUUUUGAUUUAUAUAUUAGCAAAAAAGUCAUGUAUUAUUGUCCCGUGACACAGCUAGUUCUUUUUGGAGAUUUUGAUUUAUUUUGGGUGGCUGAACAGCUCCAAUGCACUCCCUGAUGUUGUAUUGUGUUUGAGCAGUACAGUUAUAGUUUUAAAAAAUGGGUCCCUAUUUGUUGAAAUAAUGAAACAACUCAAAAC